UCUUUGAGGAAAUUUCACAUGAAUGCAAAGAAUGUCGUCCGGGGUAUAUCGGCUUAAACUGUUCCAUGGCAUGUCGGUAUCCAGGGUAUGGCAAAUAUUGUCAGGAACAAUGUAACUGUUCACAGGAGUUCUGUGACAUAUCAACAGGGAGUCUCGGCCUGAAUCUCAAUUCACCCAAUGAUGAAAAGGUGUUCCAAGAAAAAAACUCUACAAAAUCUAGGGAUGAGAACGAAAAUUUAAAUAUGGAGUUACAGUUAACACCAAUUCUGAUCGGUAUUAUAGCUUUUCUGGCAUUUUGGCUAUUCGCUAUUGGGGGAAGAAUGAUCUGGAAAAAGGUUCAUCAGGCCAACCCCAAGAUCGUUCAAAGACAACAACGGGAGAUUCAAGGUCUUGAGAGGAAAUUGAAUAAGUCAAAGGAAAAUGAAGAAGCAAAGGAAAACUUUUACGAGGAUAUUGAUGGGCUGAAAGUAGGAGAUGACAGGAAAGACAUUUCUUCCUCUGAAAAUAAUUACUUCGACAAGUUGGAUUUCUUUGAAAAAGAAAAAUCUGACAAUCCAGAAAUGAAUCAUUAA